CAGGAACUGCAUGAGACUCCACAGAGACAAUACCAACUACACACAGGAGGAAGACGUGAAAAACACCUUAUUCAACACCAGAACGAAUUUGCAAUGCGCUGCCUUUUUAUUUUCAUUCUUUGUCUUUCAAACGUUGGCAGUUGGGCAUUGAUGGAGUUGAGUGUUAAAACUGGAGGAUCUGUCACCAUCCCAUGUCGUUAUGAUAGGGAAUAUAUCCAACAUAAGAAAUACUGGUGCUCUGGUAGAACAUUCAAUUACUGCAAUAUUGAGGCGUUUACAAAUGAAACACAGGGGAAUGUGACAGUGACUGAUCACCCAGCUGAGAGUCUCUUUACUGUGACUAUGAAUAAUCUCCAGACAGAAAACACUGGAUGGUACUGGUGUGCUGUAGAGAUAUCUGGAGGGUCAGAUGUUAAAGAAUACCUUUAUAUCACAGUGACAUCAGAUCCUGAUCUGUCUGUGAUGGAGAGCAGAGUGAGUGCUGAGGAAGGAGGCAGCAUCACAGUCCAGUGUCUCUACAGCGCUGCGUAUCAGAAGAAACAGAAGCAGUGGUGCAGAUUCAAAGACAGGAGCUGCUACAACAUGGGGACGACUCCCACAUCCCAGAAUUCAGCAGUGCAGAUCAGGGAUGAUGGGAAACAAUCCUUCAGUGUGCAGAUGAGUGGACUGAAUACCAAGAGUGACGCUGGCUGGUACUGGUGCAGAGCAGGAGAUCUACAGGUUCCUGUUCACAUUGCAGUUACGAAUUCAACAGAUGUUGGCAGUUGGGCAUUGAUGGAGUUGAGUGUUAGAACUGGAGGAUCUGUCACCAUCCCAUGUCGUUAUGAUAGGAAAUAUAUCCAACAUAAGAAAUACUGGUGCUCUGGUACACUAUACGAUUUCUGCACUAUUGAGGCAUAUGCAAAUGAAACACAGGGGAAUGUGACAGUGACUGAUCACCCAGCUGAGAGUCUCUUUACUGUGACUAUGAAUAAUCUCCAGACAGAAAACACUGGAUGGUACUGGUGUGUUGUAGAGAUAUCGAGAGGGUCAGAUGUUAAAGAAAAGCUCUACAUCACAGUAAAAUCAGAUCCUGAUCUGUCUGUGAUGAAGAGCAGAGUGAGUGCUGAGGAAGGAGGCAGCGUCACAGUCCAGUGUCUCUACAGCGCUGCGUAUCGGAAGAAACAGAAGCAGUGGUGCAGAUUCAAAGACAGGAGCUGCUACAACAUGGGGACGACUCCCACAUCCCAGAAUUCAGCAGUGCAGAUCAGGGAUGAUGGGAAACAAUCCUUCAGUGUGCAGAUGAGUGGACUGAAGAAGAGUGAUGCUGGCUGGUACUGGUGCAGAGCAGGAGAUCUACAGGUUCCUGUUCACAUUGCAGUUAAGAAUUCAACAGUUUCUCCAAAUGUGACCAAAAAUACAAAUCAAGAGAACAGCAUUGCACUGAAAGAAAGGUCUCUCUGGAUUCUGUCGGCUGUAGGACUGGUGCUGCUCAUCAUUCUGAUCAGCGUCGUCGCUUACAUGUUGAAUAAGAUGCGCAGGAAGGAAAAUCAAAACAGGACUCAAGAGAAGAGCAAUGACGCUGCUGUUCACACACCACCAUCAGCACUGGAUUUUGACGUGACCUACGCCACUGUGGUCAGUGCAGAAAAAAAUCAAACUCGUUCUUUUACAGUCAAAGAUGAUGACGUGACCUACAGCAAUAUGGGUUCUCUAACAGUCAAGGACAAUGACGCGACCUAUGGCAAUGUGCGUUCUCCAAGAAUCAGAGAUGAUGCAGUGGUCUACAGCAUGGUGAUUCAAGAGUAAGAGUUUAUCUCGAGCAGGAUCAGGGUGGAUCCAGAGCCAAUCCUGGGAACACUGGAUGCAGGGCAGAAAUACACCCUGGAUGGAAUACAUGGAAGUCCACGCACUCAAACACUGAUUCACACCAAAGGGGCACUUUAAAGAAACCAAUCUACCUACAAGCAUGUUUUUUUUUUUGCGUAGGAGAAAUUAGAAGAACUUGCAAAACUAUAAGUCUGUGUGAAGGCUCUCAGUCAUCCAGGUCAUAGUAAAUUGUAGGUGCUAAAGAAGGCAACUGGACUUGCUUGAAAUUCUUGACGUAAUGAUGACAGAGAGAGCCAAUGACCCACAGAUCACCCUAAAGACUAUUUAGGCUGCUAAUACCGUUCACACCUGGCCCUCAGCGAGCCACACCUACAGGAUGACUCAAUGACCCAGGUGACCCAGAGUGGUUAGGACAAUUAUUUCACAGCUUCAAAAUUUCACAUAGGCCAAUAUUUCUGUUUAGUCAUGGUUUACUCUCAAUGAAAUGUUACAUUUAAAACCAAUUUUGAAUAAACCGAUCAUACUGCAAUACAGAUUUCAUGGUUGCACUUUUUGAACACAUGUUCACCGAUUAUGUGGCCCUCGGUAACCUAUAAAUUCAAUGAUGUGGCCCUCUAUGAAAAUGAGUUUGACACCCCUGCACUAGAGGAUACAUACCUGGAACUCCCCACUAGUCAGACAGAACUGAAGAAGCCUUUCAGACGAGAGGUGAAACGUCUUCAAGAAUUUCAAGCAAGUCCAUUUCUUUAGCACCUAUGGUAAACAAGACAUACAGCCAUUAACAAGAACUCAGAUCAAACCCCAAAACGUGGAGGCUUGGUGCCACCAUGACGCCCAUGGACGACUUCCUUUACUUUGUAGAAAAUAAAUUUGAACUGGAAAUGUUAAAAUGAAAGUGGUUCUAUCAAGAAUAAGGUUUUGUGGAUGGUUAACGGUUCUAUCUUUCUAAAGUGGACCUACGUAGAUCAUUUUCUGCCAGAGAAACUCUCUGUUGUAGUUUUCUGCAAGGAACUAUUAAUAAUUUAUUGCAAAUGCAUCAAUCAAUUAAUCUUUCAAGGCCAAUUCACAUUGAAGAAAGAUGGAUUUUUUUUUUGUAUCAAUCAAUGCUGAAAUGUACAACUAUCAUAUUAAGAUUGUGACAUUAGAAGUUAUUUUGCUGUUGUCAAAUUGGGCUCAUUCUUUUGCUCUGCUGAGUCAUUAGCACUUAGACAUAAGAAAAACCUAGACAAAACAAAACUGCGUGAUUAAAUAGGAAUGCAAAGCAUAAAGUGUGUGUAGAUUGCAAAGAAUAUCACUUUAAAUAUAC